CUCUCCAGUCGGUAGAGAGUCAGGAGGAGACGAACAAAUCAGGCGGCUGUUGAGGAGCCUGUGAACGGCUAAAACACUCACACCCCGCCCGCUCUUUGGUCCCAGUGGAUGUGUUGCCCCUGUUUAAUGAUCGGACGCUUUCACAUGUCUCCCAGAGAGAGAACAGAGUCAGAGGGUCGACCAACAGAGCAGCUAACGUUAGCAGUGUUUUACUAGCAUGCUAACAUCACACAGGAGAGUUAGCUCCUCCGGCUAACGUGCUAGCUGCUGUUACUUAGGUGCAAACACUUGACUUGCUGCUGGUGGGAAGAAGGAGCGUUUAACCUCAUCGUUAGCUUCAUCAAAGGAUAUAUCUGGCUUUGGAUACACGACCUGAGGGAUUCACCGGAGAGGCCUGCUGUCUUUCUUCACCCCUGCAUUUCUGAGCCUCCCACCUCCAGUGCCCCGGGCUCAGUGAGGGACUCAGCUUCACUUCAAAGGGGACGGUCUGCGCUGCUGCAGAUAACACGCUGUACCCUAAAGCGCUGUACCCUAAAGCAGUGACAAGCUUUUCCAGAGCCCCAACACGGACCCUUCGUUCACAGAGAGAAUCAUCCCUUAGAGUCGGACCUGGAGUGGAGAAGACCAAUUGUGGCCUGAACAAAGACAGACGGAGAGAACUAAUGCCAAGGCCUUCUCCUCCUCAGACAGCCUAGCGAAGGUCCAGGAGGUAGCAAGCUGGCUUUUGGAAAUGAACCAGGAUCUGCUGUCGGGGGGCAGCAGCAGCAGGCGGGGUCGGGGGCCGGGGGGUCCGGCAGUCCGAGGUAACGCCUCCUCCACGACCCGGGCACCCCAACAGGCAGCAGAGGAGGGUGAUGAGGAUGAGCACAUGAACCGGGUAGUAGAGGAGGAAGAGCAGCUGCAGCAGAGGGCUGAGGCGUCGCAGGUUGAUGGCGAGAGGGAACAACCAUGGGCUCCAAGUGAGUCGGGAGCCAGCAACGGCCCUCGGGGGGACGAGGACGGCGAGGAAGACGAGGAGGGGCCUCCAAACGAAGUGAACGGAGGCGAGAAAGGAGCCCGAUGGAUGUGGGGGGCGGAGCAGAGGAGACUACGAGGCCAGCCGCUGGGCGAGGAGGAAGAGGAGGAGGAGGAGGAAGAGGAGGAGAACAACAACAGCAGCAGUCACCAAGAGGAGGAGGAGGCGGAGGAGAGGACAGAGGGAGGGGAGUCACAGGGGAGGGAGGAAGAGGAGAGGGAGGAGGAGGAGGAUGAGGACGAGGACGAGGAGGAGAUGGACCAAGAUAGUGACGAGUUUGAACAUUCGGCGGAGAGUGGCAGGGAGGAGGAAGAGGAGGAGGAAGGAGAGGGGGAGGACGGGCUUCGGUGUCCCUCCCUCAGGAACAAUGUGUCCACCCCCAAUAACAACCUGGACUCGGGUUGUACUCACCAAAGCUCUUCCAACAAGAAGAUGAAGAGAAAGUUGGACCAUGGCCCCGAGGUCCGAUCUUUCCCUUCAGGAAAAAAGCCCUGCAAAGGCUCUGACUAUUCAAGUCCGACAGGAAUUGUCCCAUGUCCGGCCACACCCACCACGUUUGGCCACAUCAGAGCAGCCAACGGUCAGGGGCAGCAGAGACGGCGCAUCACCUCCAUCCAGCCUCCCACGGGGCUCCAGGAAUGGCUCCGAACAUUUCAGAGCUGGACUGGCCCCGAGAAGCUGCUGGCGCUGGAUGAGUUGAUUGACAGCUGUGAGCCCACACAAGUCAAGCAUAUGAUGCAGGUGAUCGAGCCGCAGUUUCAGCGAGACUUCAUCUCCCUGCUGCCCAAAGAGCUGGCUUUGUAUGUGCUGUCGUUCCUGGAACCGAAGGAUCUCCUCCAAGCGGCCCAGACGUGUCGCUACUGGCGCAUCCUGGCAGAAGACAACCUGCUGUGGAGGGAGAAAUGCAGGGAGGAAGGCAUCGAUGAGCCUCUGCCCCUUAAGAAGAGGAAAAUCGUCAAGCCUGGCUUCACCCACAGCCCCUGGAAGAGUGCCUACAUCAGGCAGCACAGAAUAGACACCAACUGGAGGAGAGGGGACCUCAAAUCACCCAAGGUGCUGAAAGGUCACGACGACCACGUGAUCACCUGCCUGCAGUUCUGUGGCAACCGCAUCGUCAGCGGCUCGGACGACAACACGCUCAAAGUGUGGUCGGCCAUCACAGGAAAGUGUUUGCGCACGUUGGUGGGUCACACCGGGGGCGUGUGGUCAUCCCAGAUGCGAGAUAACAUUAUUAUCAGCGGCUCCACUGAUCGCACACUCAAGGUCUGGAACGCAGAGACAGGAGAAUGUAUCCACACCCUCUAUGGGCAUACCUCAACCGUGCGCUGCAUGCACCUACAUGAGAAAAGGGUGGUCAGUGGCUCUCGUGACGCCACGCUGCGCGUCUGGGACAUUGAGACCGGUCAGUGUUUACACGUCCUCAUGGGCCACGUGGCGGCGGUGCGCUGCGUGCAGUACGACGGGCGGCGGGUGGUCAGCGGUGCCUACGACUUCAUGGUCAAAGUGUGGGACCCCGAGACGGAGACCUGCCUCCACACGCUGCAGGGCCACACCAACAGAGUGUACUCCUUACAGUUUGAUGGGAUCCACGUGGUGAGCGGCUCUUUAGACACCUCCAUAAGGGUCUGGGACGUGGAGACGGGGAACUGCAUCCACACACUAACAGGACAUCAGUCCCUCACCAGCGGCAUGGAGCUCAAAGACAACAUCCUGGUCUCAGGCAACGCAGACUCCACUGUCAAGAUCUGGGACAUCAAGACGGGCCAGUGCCUGCAGACCCUGCAAGGCCCCCACAAGCACCAGAGCGCCGUGACGUGCCUCCAGUUCAACAAGAACUUUGUGAUCACCAGCUCGGACGACGGCACGGUCAAACUGUGGGACCUGAAGACGGGCGAGUUCAUCAGGAACCUGGUGACGCUGGAGAGCGGCGGCAGCGGGGGGGUGGUGUGGCGCAUCCGGGCCUCCAACACCAAGCUGGUGUGUGCGGUGGGCAGCCGCAACGGCACGGAGGAGACCAAGCUGCUGGUGCUGGACUUUGACGUGGACAUGAAGUGAGGCGGGGGGGAAGAGAGCGAGCCGCGAGAGGGAGUGGGAGGUGAGGCCGAGAGAGAGAGGAGGGCCACAACUCUUCAUCCAAAUCUACCAACACCACCGCUGACCUCCACCAUCAUCUCCCCGUCCCCCUCUGGGCAAAUGUUACUGACCGAGCCUCUGACCCCUCACACGUGUUCAGCCCCCCGCUCUGAGCCCCUGCCACCGAUACAUGGUGGAGCUGGAGGGGGGUCCGGCUGGAAAUGGGGCGCGUUCCGGUCUGGGAGAAGGAAGAAAAGGAACGACUGACGACGACUGAACUCUUUGAAGUGACUCUCAACCCUUUCGGUCUGGGGUCCGCUUCGCACAGAGACUUGGUUUCGCUCAAGCCUGACAGAUUUUGAGAUGUACAGAGAUAUAUUAUUUUUUAAAGCCCCCCCACCUCACAACCCCCUCCCAUCAGUGCGCGCCCACACACACAUACACUCAAACGGCCAAGUGGAAGUCAUUGUAGGAGAAGGCAGAGGAAGGUGGAGACGUUUUAAAGUAGAUUUCCGCUCAGCUCCACCUGCAGAGAGCUGUAAACAGGUCUCUCACUCCGUUCUCUCUCCACCCGGUUUCUAUCGUUUCUUUACAGUAUCGCACACAACCACAACUGUGAAUUUCAAUACGUGCUUGGUUUAUCAUAUGAAAGGGGUUUCUUUAAUGUUGUUUUUUUUCUUCUUUCUUUGCGGUUGCCAACAGCAACAAAUCCCAGUAUUAGAAACCUACCCGGUUUAGGUUUGCUGUCAUUAUGUCACAAAGGUUUUUUUUUUUUUCCUCUUUUUAUUCGAGUUGUUUGUUCUUCCUUUCUGUUUUCCACAUACCUUGGUUCAGAGCUCUGCCUCCACACAAACAUCUACGCUGUCCAGAGUUUAGUCUGGGGGGAGGGGUGUUUCCCUCGGUGCCAGAGCUGUGACUGGAGGAAGUGAAGCUCUAAGCGCUGAGGAUUAAUGCCCCGACCCCCCCGAGCCCCUUCCCCCUCUAAUGUUUUCUCCCAGUGGCCAAACUGUAUUUAUGCUGCUAGAUAAAUAGAAAAAGAGAGAUGGAACUUUUACUUGCUGUGACGUUUUAGUCCCAGGCAAAAUUCCAAAUUGAACUCUUAUAUGUUUGGACUUAAAGAAACAAAAGAUCACAAAAGAUAACAUCCGACAUUUUUGUUUUGAUUUGUUUGUUUUUGCCACUUGAGCCAAACGUGCCUCUACGAGGCUGAGCGGAGGGAGCGUGUCGGACAGAUUCUGACGGGAUGCCCGCAGAGAGGAAACCAAGGGGAUGUACACUGUUGGUGCGUGCGUGUGCAUGAGUGCGUGUGAUAGCGUGUUAACGGGCAACUUGUAAACACAUUCCUUGGGACAACGCUCUUUCAGCCUGGUCUCUGGGGAAAUGUACAAAUGCUGUGUGGACUGGCAAAGAAAAAAAACUUGCAGAUGUAUCGAUUUUAACACGUGAAUGAGAGACCUGUCCGUAUCCGUGUGUGAGUGUUGUUCAUUCAAAGAUGUCUGAAGCAACAGAGGAGACCGUCACGAGCUCCGCUGACAGGUGGAGCUGAGAGGUGGAGCUGCCAGGAGUCUAAGUGUUACAUGUGUUGCAGAUAAAAUCACCGCCUCCAGGAUUCUCAGUGGGGGAAAAUAAAAACACAAAAGGCAACAAACAGAAACAUUGUAGCCAAACGAAAAAUCGUCUCAAUCUCCAAGAGUCACAACUCAAGCUGAACUGUGAAAGUGGUAUAACACUGUAUAUUAAAAAAGAAAAAAAGAAAACAAUCUUGCUCUAUCUCCUCUCGUUGUUUUCUCCCUCUGUUUUAAUUUAUGAUCUGGUUUGAGAAAUCAGAUUUGUUGCAGGUGUUUUAUUUUUUCAGUUCAUGUAAACUGCCUGGCAAAAAAGAAAACAGACAGAAAAAACCUUAAAGGGAUUGUGUAUUUGUUUGAUUCACUUAGAAUUUUAUUUUCUUAUAACUUAAGUGCAAUAAAAUGUGGGUUUUUCUUUUUUCAUUUCAAGCAUAUCAGUUGUCUGUUUUUGUUACCUGUGUGAAGGCAUCUUAUAUGUUCAAUAAAGCAAAUUAUUUGGUUAAUUACA